AUGUGUACAUGCGGUAUCAGUAAAUGUUGUACUGCAACAGCUGCUUGGAUAGGUGUAUGCGGUACCAAAGAUGUUGUGGAAGAUGAAGAAUUUGAAUACCCUUCACCUCCCCCGAUAUUUCUCAGCUAUCAGUGGGGAGUUCAAAAUGAGGUGAAACUCUUGAAGCAACAUUUAAAUAUGGCGGGGUAUGAAUGUUGGAUGGAUAUUGGUCAGAUGGGCGGUGGUGACAAACUAUUCAACAAAAUUGACAGUGGUAUCAGAGCUGCUAAAGUUAUCAUUUGUUGCACGACGGAGAAAUAUGCACAGUCACCAAACUGCAACAGGGAGGUAAACCUAUCAGUAAACCUAGGAAAGCCAAUUAUACCAUUACUGAUGGAAAAGAUGGCUUGGCCACCAAAAGGAUCUAUGGGACCGAUCUUCAGCGAAUAUUUAUUUAUCCGGUUCUUUCAGAGGAAUGGUGAGGAAACAGAUGACCAGAGGUACUGGCCGAUUGCUAAAUUCCAGGAACUGUUGAUGCAAAUGAACUUUUAUGCAGUUCCUGAUCCGAAACUGAUCAAACCAGUAUAUUCGAAUUGGUGGAAUCCAAUUGUAGAAGAUAUCAAAAUUGACAAAAACAAAAAUGCCAGCGGUACUAAGAACACAACGGGCAACAAAGCAGACACGAAUGAGCCAAGCACUGAUGUUUCGCCACUGAUCUUCCUGUCCUACCAGUGGGGGAGACAACCACAGGUUAAAGCAUUGUAUGAACGAUUGGUUUCCCUUGGUUACACCGUUUGGAUGGACAUCUUUCAGAUGGGUGGGGGAGAUUCUCUGUACGAUAAAAUAGAUCGUGGAAUGAGAGGAUGUAAAGUUGUUGUGUCGUGUGUUACACCGAAGUACGCCCUGUCAGCAAAUUGUAGACGAGAAGUGAGCCUGGCUGAUGCGUUGAAGAGACCAAUUAUACCUCUGUUACUAGAACAAAUGACUUGGCCCCCAGACGGUCCAAUGAGCAUGAUUUUCACGGAACUGCUUUACAUCAAUGUCUACCGCGACGCAGACAUUCAGACGAAAUGGAAUGGACCAAAAGUCGAAGAAUUGAUCGGAAAAUUGAAGAUAUAUAUACAAGAUAAAAUGGACGAAGGGCUUAAACAACCAAAAGAGAACGGUACAGGUAAAAGCAAUGAAUCUGGAAAACCAGGAUCUGACAAACCUAAAGCAUUAUCCGCGACUGCGAAAGCAAAGGAAAAUGAAACAAGUAAACCAAAAUCUGAAGCGAAUUCAACUAGCAAUCAGAGCAACAAAAUAGCAGAAGACGUUAAAGGUCAUCAGAGCAAAGAAAAAGAAGAAAGUAAGCAAUCAGAAAAAUCAGGAUCAGGUAAACCAGAAGCAUUAACCAGCACUGAAAAAGCAAAAGAACAGGAGACAGCUAAACCGAAAGCUGAAAAAUCUGCCACGCAGUCUGAAAAUGUCGAAAGUACUAAAACUGACAAUAAACAAAAGGAGGAACCUAAGGAAACGGAAACCAAGAAAACGUCAAAAUCAUGCGUUUUACUGUAGGAGAAUUAUAGUAAAACCUGCUUUAUCCAUGAUUUAAAGCCUAAGUCAAACCAUUGAUUGAUCAGAAAUAAUAAACUUUUCCCGUUUGUUUGUAAUAGAAAAAGGCUACAAGGUAGGAAUAUGUACUUUUAUGUGAUUUCUAACUGAAAUAGACUUCAAUUGUAUAUUAAUUCAGUGCAUUCAUGUACAAUACCUGGACUUUGUAUAUAUAGUCUUACGACUUUUAGCCGUAACAAAUCAAAGAGCAUAGCAUUUUAUGACGAUAAAACCAUCUGCCUGCGAUGAGAUCCGAACCCGGGUCGCUCCGGGACUAGUCAAAUGCUCUAACCUCUGAGCGAAAGAGUGGACUCCCUGACGCUGUUGUUAGAGAUUGGCUUUUAAUGUGCAGGCUAGCGUAAGCGACAGUAACAGCAGAAUAAUAAAAAUUUGAUCCGCAGCUCUCUUUCAUUUUAUGAAUUAGGAUAUUUAACAUGCACUAUUUUGCAUAAAUGACUUAUAAAUGGAGAGAAAAGCAGUUAAAAAAGGAAUAUUUUUGAAAUUAUAUAAAACAUUAAAUAAUGUUUGCACUAAUAAGUUGACAUGUUACCUUUUUUUAAUUUAUAUUCUAAUUUUUAUUGAUAACAUUCCAAAAAGGAUUAUUAUAGCUUAUUGUUGAUUUUUUUUAUUGUAAGUACUAGUUCCUGUGGUUAGUGGUUCUAAGUAGAAAUACUUAUAUUUUUUCCCCAUAAAUGUUAACAUGCUUUCUUUACAAUUUCGCUGAGAUCUUAUGCAUGUACUUAAUAGAAAAUAUAGUUACAGCUGAAGAGUGUGUUUCGUAGCUUUUAGUGAUAUUCCUAGUAUAUGAUUUAAUCAUUUGUUGAUUUUGCGCUAGUGUUUAACUUUGUCUUAUCAUAAGUAUUAAAUUAUCAGCCUAACGUCUUGCAUUGCUUUUGGAUAGUGCUAAAUAGGCUAGCUAUUGAAAGAAUUCUUAACAUACUGUGCAAUCCUCUAUACGGCAAAAACUAUCAAAGGGUCAUAAUUGCAUUAAAAUAUUUACAGAAAACAUUCCUUCCUUUAUGGUAAUCUACACCUCAAGCUUGUUCAUCUGUAAAACUUCGAAGCAAAUCAGGCUAAUAGUCUAGGAGGAGUUGGGCACACAUUUUUUUCUCUAGAUUCUAUAUAGCAAAAACUAUCAAGGUAAAAAUAAUCACAGAAAAAGUCCUUCCUUUACGGUGAACUACACAUCAAGCUUGUUGAUUUGUGAAAUUCUGAAGCAAAUCAGGCUAAAUAGUGUGGGAGGAGUUGGACACAAGAUUUCGGACGGACGUACGUACGGACAGCAGCAACGCUACAUGCCCCUCACAUAAAUGUGUGGGGGCAUACAAAAAUGAGAUUGAAAACGAAAACGGUCUUGGUCAGAUGGAAAGAAACACUCCAAAAGAGUGUCAUGCGGAUAAAAUGUUGGUCGGUUUUCCGAAACUAGAUCCAUAUACUAGUUUAUUUCUAAUUUGUGCGACAAGUAAGAUUAUAUCAUUUAUUGUAUUUUUAUGAUUAAGAAACAUUUUACAAAUCUGACUUUUUCCCGGUUUUAUCCCGGUGGAUACACUUGUAGCGAUCGAUUAAGAUCACGAUGUGUCAUUUAAUGCUGUACUGUGCCAAAUACAUUUCCUGUAUUUAUAGCUGUUUUUUAUGUGAUAUACUUUUUUGAUCAGUUGAAAAUUAUUAACAUAGCUCAGCGAAACAAUAAAUCUUAUCAAAGUGGAAUUUAGUGUUACUUGUUUGUAUGAAUCUAUUUCAUUUGUUCAUUAUUAUUAUGAUGAUAGUGACAUGCACAUAUUGAUUAAAGCUAAUUGCAUUUUUAGCUAAGACCUCCGUCUUUGUUGCCAUUGCUAUCAAAUCCUCAACCCGUAC